UGCCGCUGUUCUACAGCUGUAAAUUAAUAUACAUAUAUUAAAAAUUCAUUGUACAAUCCUCGUCCCUUAAGUUCACUUAGCCAUGUCGAAUUUUUACAACGAGCUGAAAAAGGAGUGGACGAAGGCUUCGCCGAAUCUGGGAGUCUGCGGUCAGCUUUUGGAGUCGCUUAAAAUGGAAAUGGUUCGCGUGGGUUUCGUGGGAAUAAAAGACCAGAAUGAUGUGCAGCCCCAGCAAAAGCAGCAGCUGCAAACGUCACGGGAUAUGCUGGAAAUUGCUAUUGAGCACAGUAUCAAGGUCAAGGAUAAUGCCGCCUUUGAGCGAUAUAUGACACAGUUGAAGAUGUACUAUUACGACUAUGACAAGUUCCUCGAUUCCUCGCCGCAGAUGCACAAGUUCAUGGGCCUGCAUCUGCUGUACUUGUUGGCCACCAAUCGCAUCGCCGACUUCCACAUUGAGCUGGAACGCUUGCCGUCGGCUCUACUGCUGCAGAAUCCAUUCAUUUCGCCGGUACUGGCACUGGAAAACUACUUUAUGGAAGGACGCUACAACAAGAUAUUGCAGGCCAAGAAGUCGAUGCCUUCAGAGUUAUAUGCCGAUUUCAUGGAUUUGCUGGUGAAUACCGCCCGUGAGGAGAUAGCUUCAUGCAUGGAAAAGUCCUAUGGAAAGAUCUCACAGAAGCAGGCCGCAUCGCGUUUGGGUCUCAAGCCAGGAGGAACAGAGAUGACUGCCUUGGUCGCAAGACGAAAAUGGACGCUGGAUGCGGAUGGAAAUUUCAACUAUGCCGACCUAAAUACCCGGCAAAAGGAGAGAGUGCUGGCGAAAGACAUCGCUGUGCACACAUUGACAUAUGCGCAGGAGCUGGAGAAAAUUGUUUGAAGUUGCAACAAAUAAAGCGUUAACGUUAAUCCAAUCAGCCAGAAAA